UACGAAACGAAAUCGACCACCUCAACAACGAACAGACUGCUAAUUAACAACAGUCGCAAUGGCGAGUAUGUUAAAACCUUGGUAUCUGGAACUCUUGUGUCCGUUAUACUGAUUUCCGCGUUUUUUAGAAUCCAAGAACUCGUCCCAACAUAACCAGUCGAAGAAGGCUCACCGUAACGGGUACGAACUCCUACAUUUUAGCGCGAUCAAGGAGCGCAACCAUUAUCUACCUAAGAUAAUAAUCAGUUUUCGAUGAAUGGAGGGCUAAUUACUACCGAUGCACAGUAUCAAGAAGCCAAAGACCUCCAGAUACCCAUCCCUCAAGGGUACCGAUCCUAAAUUCAGAAGAAACCACAGACAUGCUCUCCACGGUACAAUGAAGGCUUUGGUUCGUCUUCCUUCCGAUGACCAGUUUCCGCCGCAUUCGGGUACUGACUAUUAUUACAGAAGGAGUUGAAGGAGGGCAAACGGGAGUCCGCAUGAACAUGAUAAUUUAUUCACUACAUGGGGCUUGGUUGUGGCAGUAGUUGCAUUCCAAUAUUUUGCUCUACAAGAAAGUGGAAGCAAGCCGCCGGUUUACACUGGGAUUAGACACUGGGGGCGAUAGUACUAUCCAUUGAAUCAACACAAGCUACACCAUCCGGCGAACCUC